AUGUUCCAGAUCUUCAGAGAUUCCAACAGCUCUAGUUUCCAACUGUCUGAGUUCAUUCUGAUGGGAUUUCCAGGCAUCCACAGCUGGCAGCACUGGCUCUCCUUUCCCCUGGCUCUGUUCUAUGUCUUGGCUCUUAUUGCCAACACAUUUAUUGUGGCUGUCAUUUACCAAGAGGCAUCAUUACACCAGUCUAUGUACCAUUUCCUGGGCAUCCUGGCUAUUUUUGACAUGGGCCUAGCAACUAAAAUCAAGACUAAGAUUUUAGCCAUUUUAUGGUUCAAUGCUAAGACCAUCAGUUUCAAUGAAUGUUUUGCUCGGAUGUACGCCAUCCACUUUUUUGUCACUAUGGAGUCAGGUAUCUUGGUAUGCAUGGCUAUUGAUAGAUAUAUAGUGAUUUGCAGACCACUGAGAUACCCUUCAAUAGUUACUGAAUCUUUUGUGGUCAAAGCAACUAUGCUUAUGGCUCUCAGAAAUUGUGUAGCUCCCAUGUCAGUUCCUGUGCUGGCUGCUCAGAGAAAUUACUGUUUCCGGAAUCAAAUUAACCACUGUUUUUGUACUAACCUGGUGGUAACUAACUUGUCUUGUGAAGACAGGAAAGUCAACAGCAUCAACCAGCUAGUUCUGGCUUGGGCAAUCAUGGGAGGUGACCUGGGUUUGAUUAUGAUUUCAUAUACUUUGAUUCUUCAGUCUGUCCUGAAGCUGAACUCUGCAGAAGCUACAUCUAAGGCCUUAAGUACAUGCACGUCUCACCUAAUCCUAAUCCUUUUCUUCUACACAGUAAUCAUUGUCAUGUCCAUCACUCAUAGUGCAAAUUUGUCUGUUCCUGUUAUCUCAGUUCUGCUGAAUGUGUUGCACAAUGUAAUUCCCCCUGCUCUGAACCCCAUGGUAUAUGCACUUAAGAACAAAGAGCUGAAACAAGGCUUAUACAAGGUGCUUAAGAUUGACAUCAAAGGAGGCUAA